AUGCAGCGUUGCAUAUCGGGUGGAUCCGCAACUGUUUUGCGAGCGUUUCGUUCGACGCCACGUAUUUGUACGAGAAUGAUUCGUUACGACGCAUUUGCGGACAGACAUAUAGGGCCCAGCCGACUGGAAAAACAACAAAUGUUGAAUUUUCUUGGAUUUACAACACUGGAUGCACUAACCAACACUAACGUGCCCAACCAAAUUAAACUCGAGAAAAAACUGGACUUACCAGAGGCUAUCGAUGAGUACAGCAUGCUUCGAGAGCUGAAAAAGAUAUCUGAGAUGAAUAAGAUAUACCGUUCUUACAUCGGCAUGGGAUAUUAUGACACUAUUGUUCCAGCUGUGAUCCUACGCAAUAUUACACAGAAUAUCGGAUGGAUCUCGCAAUAUACACCAUACCAAGCAGAAAUUUCCCAGGGAAGACUGGAAUCACUUUUGAAUUACCAAACAAUGGUGGCAGAUCUGACUGGCCUUCCACUCACCAAUGCGUCACUUUUAGAUGAAUCGACUGCAGUGGCGGAAGCGGUUGCUCUGGCUGUUAGGGCCACAAAGCGCCAUAAGGCUCUGUUGGAUACUUACCUUCACCCUCAAAACAUCGAUGUGACGAAGACUCGAAGCGGGCCUCUUGGCAUCACACUGGAAGAACUUAACUUUGAUAACAUGAACUUCGAAAAGGAUGUUGCUGCAGUCGUCGUCCAGUACCCAGAUACGGAAGGCCGAAUCCGCAAUCUAGAUCAGUUGAUUGCUAAAGCUCAUGAGAAUGGUACCUUGGUUGUACUGGUCUGCGACCUGAUGGCUUUGACGCUGCUGAAAUCCCCUGGUGAUCUGAGUGCUGAUAUUGCUGUCGGUUCGGCGCAAAGGUUUGGUGUUCCACUGGGUUAUGGUGGACCUCAUCCAGGAUUUAUGGCUGUGACAAAAGACUCCAAGAACACACUUGGCAGAAUGAUGCCAGGAAGGAUUAUUGGAGUAUCCAGAGGAGCUAAUGGAGAAAAAGCUCUAAGACUUGCCCUACAGACUCGAGAACAACAUAUACGAAGAGAUAAGGCGACCAGUAAUAUUUGCACUGCUCAGGCACUUCUGGCCAACAUGUCUGCAAUGUACGCUGUUUACCAUGGACCCAAACGAAUUGUCGAAAUAGCGAGAGCCAUCCACAAAUCGACAGCGUUCCUGGAAUCGGAAUUGAUCAAAGCCGGGCACAGGACAGCUCACAAGAAUUAUUUCGAUACCCUGAAGGUUACCGUAAAGGACUUAGCAGCUUUCAAACAAAGGGCUGAGGAGAAACAGAUGAACUUUCGAUACUACUCCGAUGGAUGUGUGGGAGUGUCGCUCGACGAAACUACGAAGGCAUCGGAUCUUGUCGACCUACUUUAUGUCUUCAAUGGUUCGACUAAAUACAACGAGGAUGAACUUGCCGACGCAGUGCAGGAAACCGCAUCGCCGCUCAUUGGAAACAGUGAACACGCGAGAACGAGCUCGUUCCUUGAACACGCGAUAUUCAACACGUACCACAGUGAGGCUUUGCUCGUAAGAUACAUUAAACGCCUGGAAAACAAAGAUGUGUCGUUGGCUCACUCGAUGAUUCCUCUUGGAUCAUGCACAAUGAAACUAAAUGCGAGCUCACAAUUAAUUCCAAUCACAUGGGACUCUUUCAACGGUCUCCAUCCAUUCGCCCCACUAUCGCAAACAAACGGAUACCAGAAACUUUUCAGCGAUGUCGAAAAAUGGUUGUGUGAAAUUACUGGUUACGACAACUUCAGCUUGCAACCAAAUUCUGGUGCAAAUGGGGAGUACGCUGGACUUCUAUGCAUUCGAAAGUACCUGGACAGCUCUGAUCAACAGCAACGAAAUGUGUGUCUGAUUCCCUCGUCUGCCCAUGGUACCAACCCAGCAUCAGCUAACAUGGCUCACAUGAGAGUUGUUCCAGUUGAUUCCGAUAAGCACGGGAACAUUAACUACAAGGAUCUGGCGGCUAAAGCCGAACGCUAUAAAGAUGAACUCGCAGCUAUUAUGGUCACUUAUCCCUCAACCCAUGGGGUCUUCGAGUCAUCGAUCCGGGAUGUUAUCGAUAAGGUUCACGAACAUGGUGGCCAAGUCUACCUUGACGGGGCGAAUAUGAAUGCGCAGGUAGGACUAUGCCGCCCAGGUGACUAUGGUAGCGAUGUGUCUCACCUGAAUCUGCACAAAACAUUCUGCAUCCCACACGGCGGUGGUGGACCAGGAAUUGGACCGAUUGGAGUCAAGAAACACCUGGCUCCAUUCCUACCCGGUCAUCCCGUGAUUCCUGUUGAUGGUCGAUCCGACGGUGCCGUAGCUGGUGCCCCCUGGGGAUCUGCCAGCAUUCUGCCCAUUACAUGGGCGUACAUCCGCAUGAUGGGGCACGCAGGAUUGAAGAAGGCAUCCCAAAUGGCGAUUUUGAAUGCAAACUAUAUGGCCAGGCGACUGGAAGGACCAUAUAGAAUCGUUUAUAAAGAUGAGCAAGGACUAGUAGCACACGAAUUCAUCCUCGAUUGCAAGCCGUUUAAGAAAUCAGCUGGAGUUGAAGUUGUUGACAUCGCUAAGAGGCUGAUGGACUACGGGUUCCAUUCACCUACAAUGUCGUGGCCCGUGCAUGACUGUUUGAUGAUCGAACCAACAGAAUCGGAGGACAAAGGCGAAAUGGAUCGCUUAGUGGAUGCUUUGCUAUCAAUUCGUGAAGAAAUCGCUAUGAUUGAGAGAGGCGAGUUAGACAGGCAACGGAAUCCGCUCAAGAUGGCACCGCACACUUUGGCCAAGGUAGCGUCAGACGGCUGGGAUCUGCCGUACCCACGUGAGUUGGCGGCAUUCCCGAAACCAUGGUGUCAUCAGAAGAACUGGCCAACUACGGGGAGGAUUGACGACCAGUAUGGCGACAAGAACCUCGUCUGCACUUGUCCACCCAUGGAGGCUUAUCAGUAG